AUGGACUCCAAUAGGCGAUUUUCCUACUCCAAUCUGUUCAAUCUUGAGCCGUUGAUGAACUUCAAACUGCCUCAGCCGGAGGAAGCUUUUGACUAUUAUGCGAAUGGUAGUAGUCAGGAUGAAAGCAGAGGUAUCCAAGGGGGAGCCAAUGGGGAGCACACUAAUGGAGUAAUGUUGCAAAGGGAGGCGAAAAGGAAAAGGCAGAUUGGCUAUAGCAGCGACGAAGAAGAGUACGGAGAUUAUAGUAGUCGUAUCUCGGAGGAACAGUAUCGAGCUAUGCUGGGAGAGCACAUUCAAAAGUAUAAGAGGAGGCACAAGAAUGCCUCCCCUAGUCCUGCACCAAUGAGAGCUGUGAUGCCGGUUCCCAAAAGUAGCUUAGGAUUCAAAGAUCAGAAAUUGGUGAGUGAUCACCGAGGGAGAUUCCAUGAUCUUGACUCGUCUUCUGAUUUUGCCAAUGCCAAUCAUUCUUCAAAGUCUGGGAAUUAUGAUAGAUCAGACUUUACGCCAAAAUAUGGAGCUGAUAGAUUAGUUACUGAUCCUGGCUAUUUGGAUAUUGGAGAUGGCAUCUCAUAUAGGAUUCCCCUCCCUUAUGAAAAAUUGGUGGCGUCAUUGCACUUGCCAAGUUUGUCGGAUAUCCACGUUGAUGAGUUUUACCUCAAGGGGACUCUUGAUUUGGGAUCUUUGGCAGCAAUGAUGGCUUCUGAUAAUCGUUUUGAGACCAGAAGUGUGGCUGGUAUGGGUGAUCUGAAACCCCAGUAUGAAUCUCUCCAAUCCAGAAUGCGGGCACAGCCUGCCAAUAAUGAAAGCCAGCAAUAUAACCUGAGGGUUAGUGAGGCUGCACUGCAGGCGUCCUCCAUUCCUGAAGGAUCAGCUGGACGAAUUCGGCGAUCAAUCUUGUCAGAGGGGAACAAUUUACAAGUUUAUUAUGUGAAAGUGCUGGAAAAAGGUGACACUUAUGAGAUUAUUGAACGUAGUCUACCCAAAAGGCCAAAGGUGAAGAAAGAUCCUUCGGUGAUUGAGAGGGAGGAAAAGGAGAAGAUCGGUAAAUUCUGGGUGAAUAUUGUCAGAAAAGAUAUUCCUAGACAUCAUAGAAAUUUCAAUAAUUUCCAUAAGAAGCAAUUGAUUGAUGCCAAGAGGUGUGCUGAAGUUUGUCAAAGAGAGGUAAAAUUAAAGGUCAGCAGAUCACUCAAGUGGAUGAGGGGUGCUGGGCUUCGCUCUAGGAAAUUGGCCAGGGACAUGCUUGUAUUUUGGAAGAGGGUGGACAAAGAGAUGGCUGAAGUUAGGAAAAGAGAGGAAAAAGAAGCUCAAGAAGCUCUAAAGCGUGAGCAGGAACUACGCGAAGCUAAGAGGCAGCAGCAGCGGCUCAAUUUUCUGCUUUCACAAACUGAAUUAUACAGUCACUUCAUGCAAAACAAAUCAGCUUCACAAUCAAUUGAUACGUUGGCUACUGGAGAAAAAGAAGUAGAUGAGGAUAUGCUGUUAUCUUCAGAAACAAAAGAUGAUGAAGAGGAGGAUCCUGAAGAUGCUGAACUAAGAAAGGAAGCCCUAAAAGCUGCUCAGGAUGCAGUUUCAAAGCAGAAAAUGAUGACAAGUGCAUUUGACAGUGAAUGUCUGAAGCUGCGACAGACUGGUGAUAUUGAAGCCCUUCAAGAUGACAAUUCUGUUGCAGUUUCUGCUGACAUAGAUUUGUUGCAUCCAUCAACAAUGCCGGUAGGAUCAACUGUGAAGACACCUGAGUUAUUUAAAGGUUCCCUUAAGGAGUAUCAGCUCAAAGGUCUGCAGUGGCUUGUAAAUUGUUACGAACAGGGUUUAAAUGGUAUACUUGCUGAUGAAAUGGGACUUGGGAAGACAAUUCAAGCCAUGGCUUUCUUGGCACAUUUGGCUGAGGAAAAGAACAUAUGGGGACCUUUUUUGGUGGUUGCUCCAUCGUCUGUCUUGAAUAAUUGGGCUGAUGAAAUUGGUCGUUUCUGCCCUGAUCUGAAGACACUCCCAUAUUGGGGUGGACAACAAGAGCGAACAGUGCUCAGAAAGAACAUCAACCCAAAGCGUCUUUACCGACGGGAUGCUGCAUUUCAUAUUCUGAUAACGAGCUACCAACUUCUAGUAUCAGAUGAAAAGUACUUCCGACGUGUGAAAUGGCAAUAUAUGGUGUUGGAUGAGGCUCAGGCAAUCAAAAAUGCACAGAGUAUAAGGUGGAAGACAUUGCUCAGUUUCAAUUGUAGAAACCGCUUGCUUCUGACUGGUACUCCAAUUCAAAAUAAUAUGGCCGAGCUAUGGUCUCUUCUACAUUUCAUCAUGCCUACAUUAUUUGAUAGCCAUGAGCAGUUUAAUGAGUGGUUUUCCAAAGGGAUAGAGAAUCAUGCUGAACAUGGUGGUACAUUGAAUGAACAUCAAUUAAAUAGAUUGCAUGCUAUUUUGAAGCCUUUCAUGCUACGGCGAGUUAAAAAGGAUGUGAUUACUGAGAUGACUGGUAAAACAGAAAUAACAGUGCACUGUAAACUGAGCUCUCGUCAGCAGGCAUUUUAUCAAGCAAUAAAGAAUAAGAUUUCGCUUGCGGAGUUGUUUGAGGGAAACAGUGGGAACUUAAGUGAGAAGAAAUUUCAGAACUUGAUGAAUAUUGUCAUCCAGCUAAGGAAGGUCUGCAACCAUCCAGAGUUAUUUGAGAGAAACGAGGGAACUACAUACUUCUAUUUUGGAGAGAUUCCAAACUCUCUGCUGCCACCACCUCAUGGGGAAUUGGAGAACAUCUACUAUUCUGGCGGCUGGAAUCCAAUUACAUACAAGAUACCGAAGUUGGUCUACCAAGAACUUCUCCAACGGUCUAUUUCACCAUAUUCAUUUAGAAGCCAAGGUCUUGGGCAGGAAUUAUUUCAGAAAUACUUUAACAUCUUCUCUCCUGAAAAUAUAUAUAAAUCACUGCUUCAAAUACAUCAGAACUCUGAUUGUAUUUUCCUACAAAGUGGAACUUUUGGAUUUGCGAGUUUAGCUGAUCUAUCACCUGAAGAGUUGUCACUUUUGGCUACUGGUUCCUUCAUGGAAAAAUUGUUGUUUUCGAUUAUGAGAUGGGAUAGACAAUAUCUGGAUCAGAUUUUAAAUCUGCUUAUGGAGACUGAAGAUGAUGGUGAGUUAAAUCAAAUUGGGAGGGAAAAAGUGAGAGUGGUGUCUCGAAUGCUGCUGUUGCCACCCAAAUCGGAUGCAACUCUGUUGAGACGUCGUGCAACAGGUCCUAGGGAUUCCCCAUUUGAGGCUUUAGUUAUGCCUCAUGAAGAAAGGCUUCUAUCAAAUAUUAAGCUUUUGCAUUCAGUAUACUCUUACAUCCCAAGAGCUAGAGCUCCACCGAUAGGUAUCCAUUGUGCUGAUAGAGACUUUGCUUACAAAAUGCUUGAGCAACUGCAUCAUCCGUGGCUUAAAAGAUUGUUAGUUGGGUUUGCACGGACUUCUGACCUUAAUGGUCCUGGGAAGCCAAAUAGUCCUCACCCUUUAAUUCAAGAAAUUGACUCCGAACUGCCUGUUUCACAACCUGCCCUAAAGUUGACGUACAAUAUCUUUGGGUCAUGUCCUCCUGUGCAACCCUUUGAUCCGGCAAAGAUGUUGACGGACUCUGGAAAGCUUCAGAUGCUGGAUAUACUACUGAAACGCUUACGGGCUGAAAACCAUCGUGUACUUCUUUUUGCACAAAUGACAAAAAUGUUGAAUAUCCUAGAGGACUAUAUGAACUAUAGGAAGUACAAGUAUCUAAGACUUGAUGGCUCCUCCACUAUAGUGGAUCGGCGAGACAUGGUCAGGGACUUCCAGCACCGGAAUGAUAUCUUUGUGUUUCUACUGAGUACAAGAGCUGGUGGGCUGGGUAUUAACUUGACUGCUGCAGAUACUGUAAUAUUCUAUGAAAGUGAUUGGAAUCCUACUCUUGACCUUCAAGCAAUGGAUAGAGCUCAUCGGUUAGGUCAGACCAAGGAGGUUACAGUCUAUCGGCUGAUCUGUAAAGAGACGGUUGAGGAGAAAAUUUUGCUCAGAGCAAGCCAGAAAAAUACUGUACAGCAGCUUGUCAUGACAGGUGGUCAUGUACAGGGUGAUAUUUUGGCUCCCGAAGAUGUUGUGUCCUUGCUAAUUGAUGAUCCUCACUUGGAACAAAAAUUGAAAGAAAUUCCAUUGCAGGCUAAAGAGAGGCAUAAAAGGAAAACUGGAACAAAGGGAAUACGGAUUGAUGCAGAGGGUGAUCCUUCUUUGUUUGAUUUUGCUGAUCUUGGUUCAGAAGUCAAUGAGCGUGAUGUCACUCUUAAUCCCGAGAAAACUUCGUCCAACAAUAAAAAGAGGAAAGUGACAUUUGAGAAGCAGACCCCAAAGUCAAGGUCUCUGAAAGGGUCUAAAAAUUCCGAUGCUAUGUCUCCUGGUUCUGUGUCGUUGGGCCAUGAGUUAGACCAUCUUCACCCGAACUCUGAAGGAACACAGCAGAGGCCAAAAAGGUUGAAGAGGCCAACAAAGAGCGUCAAUGAAAAUCUUGAACCAGCAUUUAUCGCCUCUAAUGUCUCUCAGGAGGGAAAUCAAUCCCAGAACCAGCCGACUUCGUAG